AUGGCGAGCUCCGAUUUCAAUGCUGAAGGUCUGUGGACGGAUGAAGCCAUUGUAGCAGCAAGAAUUCCACGAGAAAAAGUUAUUCUACAACAGAGAAUCAGUCGCGGAGGAUACGGAGAAGUGUACGUCGGGACGUUCAAUGGCCAACGCGUAGCCAUCAAGAUGUUGUUGCCUGAAACUCGCAAGAGAAUUCACAGUGUGAACGAGUUUCUGGCCGAAGUGAAGCUCAUGGCGUCACUGGAACAUCCGCGUAUUGUCGAGUUUAUUGGUGUGGCGUGGGAUUCUCUUACAGAUUUAUGCGCCGUAUCGCAGUUUAUGAAAGGCGGAGACAUACGCGCACUCUUAAAUCGGUGCGAUAAUACUGGAUUUGACUACACGAAAGUGAAGAUCGCUCUUCACGUGGCCCAUGCUUUAACGUACAUGCACCAGUUCGAUCCUCCGAUAAUUCAUCUUGACGGACUUUGGGGCUUCUCGGGCACUAUGACCGCAGGGAUCGGGACGUCUCUGUGGAUGGCGCCUGAAAUGAUGACAGGCGAGAAAUACGACGAAAAAGCAGACAUUUUCUCGUUUGGAGUCGCCUCCGACUUGGCAAUUCUGCAACUUGUGAUGCAGGGGAAACUACAAGUUAAUUUUUCAGAGGCGUGCUCUCGGGUUAUACUGGAGCUGGGUAUGGCAUGUGUAGCAAUUGACCCCAUUGCUCGUCCAACAGCAGCCGAAGCGCUCUAUCAGCUCCAAGUAGCUCUGCUGAACAACAGUAAUUAA